AAUUAAAUUAUAACAACUCUAGCCUACUCAUUUUAGCUAGAAUAAUUUCAAGGAUACAACUUUACAUGGCAUCUUUAAUAUCAAAGACGGCUGCAAAAGCAAUUUUCCGAAGGUCUCAGAUUGUACCAACAACAUAUUGCCGGAAGUAUUUAAAAAAGGAGCUUGAGGUGGUAGAAAAAAAAGAAGAUAAAAUACAACCUGUGAAAAAAGAUGCUUAUGAAGGAUUGAGUGCUAGUGAAAUUCGAGUGGAAAUGGCAAGAAUCGAACGAGAACGUACUGAAUUACUGCCAUUUGAGUCUGAUGCUCCAAUUUACAAGGAUCCGUAUUAUUUAGAAAGGCUGGAAAGAUAUCAGUUACAAGGUACAUUAAAGAAUCCCCAUAUUGUCACUUCAUGUGAAGACUACAGAAAUAUUGCCUGUAUUUGUGAAGAACAUGUAAAAACAUUAGAAGUUAUGAAAAUUGUAGCCGGACCUCCUCAAAAAUGUCAGUGUGGAUAUUGGUUUCAGUUGAAAACUUUAACACCAGAAGAAUCUGUGGAGCAAAUAGUGAGAGACGUAUAUGAUAUAUACCAUCCUGUGAAAUACUGAAUCCAUCACAUAGAUAAUGUCACUCUUACCUCCAUAUUUCUUUAGCAGAUCUUUGACCUUCUAGAAUCGUGAAUGUCCGUGAGAUUUUGUUUGUUUCAUUAAAUUUAAACUAAGAUAAUGUUCAGCUUUUAGGAUACACACAAGUUUUGAUGUGACACUUUAUGAAUUAUGUUAAUUUUGAUCUUUCGGCGGUCUGUAUGACUCAUGUCCUGAUCAAAGUGAUUUCUGGAAACAAAAUACCUUCAGCUGUAAGGAUGUAGGAGUAUCAAAGGCUUGGCAUUAUCUUGAACUGUGUUUCAAUAAUAAUAAAAAAAAUAUAUGUGUCUGUGAUAGUGAUAUGUGUUGGCUAACUGAGAUGAGGACUCACCAAAACUGUGUAUGAAAAAUCCACAUAAAGAAACUAAAAACAUAUUAUUGUUAACAUUUUGAUGUAUGUUGAUUUUAAAAUAAGAUGUAUGAAUAUUUGCCCUGCUCACUGACUGAUUUAAGCAUUUUGUUUUAGUGGUAGAAUGCCUUUCAGACAAACAUUUUCUAAUUAAAAGUCUAGAAGUAGAUAUUGAAUCUGACAGACAUAGCAUGUACUAAUUGUCUGAUUUAAUGUAAUGACAAUUGAACCUGGCAUAGUAUUUUCAAUUGGUGACAAGGUAGCGAAAUUAAAGUAUUCUUUGAAGCUUCCAUCAAACAAAGCAACCAGACAUCUUAUAGAGGAUAUUUGUUAUCAACUUACUUUAUUGUCUUGUCUAUAUGACAUUUCAAAUCCAAGAAUGUAAAUUAUAAUGUGAACCCAAUAUAAAUUAAAUGAAAUGAAAUG